UAACUUUUAUUCAAGUACAGCUCUUAAAAGAAUCUUCACCUUUAUUCACCUUUAGACAUGCGCAACACUCAGUAGCAGCUAGGAUGAACCAGUCAGAGAGCACUGUUGAAGGCAACUGUUCAAUCAGUGACUUCAAGAGGAAUGUCUAUCCAGUCGUCUACCUGUGUGUCUUCUUCUUAGGAUUAUUCGCCAAUCUUUUCUCGUUAUCUUUCUUCAUUGGUAUGAGAAGAUCAGCCUUCAGUCCAAUCCACUUCAUCAUGGUGAACCUUCUCGUUUCUGACCUGAUGCUGACAUGUUCCCUGCCAUUCCGAGCUGCCUACUAUCUCAUGGAUUUCCACUGGGUUUUCGGGGACAUCACUUGUCGCAUCAUUGGUUUUGUGUUCUAUGUAAACAUGUAUGGAAGCAUUUACUUCUUAAUGUUCCUUAGUGUCGUUCGAUUUGUGGCCAUAUUUAAGCCCUACAGCUAUGUGUACCUACAGAGUAAUCAAGGAGUUUACCUGGCGUGUGUCUUUGUUUGGCUGUUGAUGUUAUUACUAUCUACCCCUCUUUUGAAUGCAGGAAUAUUUCACGAUUCAUCUGGCCAGAUCAAAUGCCUUGAUCUGGACACAUCUCUCGAGCUGAAGUUCAUCAUCAUCUUGAACAAAGCUGCACUGUGCUUAGGCUUCAUUUUACCCUUUUUAGUAAUUUCUAUCUGUUACUUAAUUGCAGCUGGGAAAUUGCUCCAGCUUAAGAAUGUUCCAGGGAAAAGAAACAAGUCCUGUGCACUGGUGAUCAUGGUUCUCAUCAUUUUCCUAGUGUGCUUUAUGCCAUAUCAUGUUGUGCGCACUGUCUUUCUGGAAGCUGAAAGACAGUUUAAAAAGAAUGGUUAUGAAUCAUGUCAGUACAUUGAAUUGGUAAGGAAAGCAGCUGUGGUUACACAUUGCCUGGCUGUUGGAAACAGCUGUUUGGAUCCUCUUCUAUAUUUAUUUGUGGGCGAAAACUUCUGGAGCUUUUGGCAUAAGAAAAAAAGCAGGACGCUGAGCAAAAGAUUCAAUUACGAGAAGACCCAAUCAACAAAGACUACAAGGAUAGAGUUAAAAAUGGUCCGUGCUGAAAAUGGCACAUGAAAUGUGACUAAAAUGCACACAGCCAUUUUGCCCUGUGAUAUCAUUUCAGCAAUUUCAUUUCAAUGGCAUAUUUCAAGAGAUUUUUCUAGAUAUUCACUCCGAGCCUUUGCUGUUGUAAAGGUCGACAUUUCUCAGAGGGACAAACCAGAGAAAGAUUUUGGGAUGUUGGAUGGACAGAUAAGCUGAGACUUUGAAACAAACAAACAAGAUAUACACAAUACUGUAUGUAAUUUUUUUUAAAAGCUAGCAAUUGUAAUAAUUUGUACUGUAUAUUGCUGUUGGCAUAAUUGUGCAGAAUUUCAGUUAAAUCUAUUCAGAAAAAAAAACCCACAGCUGAAUUCACUCCAAACCUUGCAUUAUAAAUGUUCUGAUAAAUUACAUUGUUUUAAUAUGUUAAAAUUGUACUGAACCUACAUUUGAUUCAGAGGCAGUGAUUAUGCCAUUUAUGUAUGUGUUAUUCAUAUUCACAUAGGCAGUACAGUAAUAAAAAAACAAAUUGUCAGAAAAAAAUAUUUCUGAAUCACUGCUCACUGUGUACAGGAGGGGUUUUGUGGUUAAUCAUAAAGGUUGCAUGGUGGUGUCGUGGUUAGCACUAUCGCCUCACAGCAAGAAGGUUCUGGGUUCGAGCCCCGUGGCCGACGAGGGCCUUUCUGUGUGGAGUUUGCAUGUUCUCCCCGUGUCUGUGUGGGUUUCCUCCGGGUGCUCUGGUUUCCCCCACAGUCCAAAGACAUGCAGGUUAGGUAAAAAUACCCAGCCACUGGGGUUGCACAAGCCAGUGCAUACUUAAGCUACAUCCACACGACAACGGCAACGAGAUUUUAUUGAAAAAAUAUCGCAUCCACAUGGGCAAUGGAUCAGUAAAAUAUCAGGUACAUAUGGCAACGCAACGCUUGCUGAAAACGAUGCAAUACACAUGCCACACCUCUACGUGCGCUGUAAGACGGUCCCAUCGGAGACACCAGAACAAUAGAAGAAGUAGGACGCAUGCGCAUAAACCCCUUCCUCUACCCGGCGUGAAGCACUCACAGGAACAAGCACACAACAACAAGAAGAAGAUGGCUGCGACUACGCGAGGAAAUCGUGCCUUCUGUGUGUACAAAUUAGUUUUAUUAGUGUGCAUAGUUUUAUAUAACUUAAUUUUCU